UUUGUUAAGUCCAUUAUUUUUGGCGCGGAGGCCAUUUCCAAAUCUCUCCUUCCCUGCUUCUCUGCAACGGCGAAGGAAAGCCGCAGGCGUGCCCUGCGCCGCCCGCUCCAGAUGCGGCCCUCCGGGCAGAUGUGGCGCGGCUCCGCCCCGCCCGCUCUUCUCCCCCUGCUCUUGCUGGCGCUCCCUGCCACUCUCCAGGCGGCACCCCCAGCGGAGACCCUCGCCGCCGCGCCUCCUCCUCCUCCCACCGCCCAAGCCCAGCCCAGCCCGGCCGACCUUUCUGCUUGGCCAGGGAGGGGCCACCCCCGCAGCCGCGGCCUCCUCGCAGAGCAGCAGCAGGCAAAGCGCGCCGCCCCCAUGGAGAUCCCGCCGACCCAUUAUCCGGCCACCCGAGCCAGCGGCGUGGUGGGCAACUACAUCAACUACCAGCACGGCGGGCCCCACACGAUCUUCGAGGUGCGGCAAGUCAGCCAGGCCAGCCGAGAGGACAUUGCAGGCGUUGGGCAUAAAUACCGCCUUAAGUUUUCAAUAGCAGAAGUCCUCCCCAAACAGGACAGCCCCGUGAACUGCACAGCUGAGAUCCUUUAUCAUCACGGUGACCAGCAUGUUGCUCCAGAAGUCCAUUACACAGUGGAAGGAGAGUUCGGGAAGAAUACAGAGCAAGUGGAUAAUGAAUUCUACAACAGAAUCAAAAAUCUGUCAGAAUUACUAGAGGCACAAAAUAUUCCAGACAGUCAUGGGAAUAUAACUGCUGAAUUGGAGCCUGUGCGGAACCUAGCCCGAGUAGCCUGUGGAUAUGUAAUAUGGCAGAAUUCGACUGAAGACACCUAUUACAACAUGGUACAAGUUGAAAGCGUCAAGCAAGUGAAAAGGAACGACGAUUACCUUGAAUUUUCCUACGUGGCUUUAAUCCAUGACAUUGUCUCCCAGGAAAUCAUCCCUUGGCACAUGCAAGUUCUCUGGCACCCGCAGCAUGGAGUGAAAGUAAUACGGAAUAGCCGCCAGCCAAAACGCGCAGCACAAGAUUAGCAAAAUGCCUUCAAUACUACUAUUAGAGGUGGUUAAAAUAAUCAUCUGCAUACAGCUAGAAUAAGGGCUAGGCCACAAGCUCUCUUAGGCUCAGAAAACCCUCCAUUCCAUCUAUACGGUUUGGACCAAAGGCAACAUCCCCGGCCCUCCCUCACUGUAGUG